AAGUCAGCCUCCCUUUAAAGAUGACCCCGAGGGCACCCCGCUUCCCCCAAUUCGCCUCCGCCGCUAAACCCUAAACCCCGCCUCGGCGCCUCCUCCUCUGCUUCCUCGACCCAGCGCGAUGGAGUUUUGGGGUGAAGAAGUGAAGCCAGGAAUGACUAUUUCUUGUAAAGCUGGUGAUGGUUAUGUUAUCCACCUGUCACAGGCUGCACUGGGGGAAUCAAAGAAAGGGAGUGAGAAUGUAGUUGUAUCUGUCAAAGUUGAUGAUAAAAAGUUGGUCAUUGGUACUCUGUCCGCUGAGAAGCACCCUCAGAUUAUGUGUGAUUUGAUCUUCGACACAGCUUUUGAGCUAUCACACAGUUCAAAGACUACUAGUGUCUUCUUAACCGGUUACAAGUCUGUGGUGCCUGAUAUGUUUGAAUCUGAUUCUGGUGAAGAUGAAGAUGAAGAGCUGGAAACCAACAAAAUUCCAAUGAAGAAUAAUGUAACUGAAAAAACUGCUGCAAAGGUUCCUGUGAAGGAUGGUAAUAAUGGCAAGCUAGAUGAUGAUGAUGAAACAUCCAGUGGUGAUGACGAUUUCAGUGAUGAUUCGGACGAUGAUAGUGAAAUGUCUGAAGAUGAGUCCAGUGGUGAAGAUGAAUAUUCCAGUGAUGCUUUAGAAGGUGAAAGUGAUGAUUCCGUAGAUGAUGAUACUCCUAAGAAGCCAGAAGUUGGCAAGAAAAGAGCAGCUCGAACUGCCUUGAAGACACCUGCUUCUGAUAAGAAGGCAAAGAUUGCAGCAGCAUCUGACCAGAAAACUGGUGAUAAGGGUGUUAAUGUGGCGACUCCUCAUCCGCCAAAGCAGGCCAGCAAGACUCCUGCAGACAAAUCCACCAGCAAGACUGCUGCAGACAAAUCCGCCAGCAAGACUCCUGCAGGUGACAAGAAGUCAAAGGAGAAGUCCCCCAAAUCCGGGAGCCAUGCCUGCAAGUCAUGCAGCAAGACUUUCGCCAGUGAGGUAGGACUGAAGUCUCACCAGAAGGAUAAGAAGCAUGAAGCUUAGAGAAUUGGUCGUUUUCUGGAUGAUGUGGGUUGCUGCUGAUGUGCCUCCCGACAUUAGUUAAUCCCCUAAUCAGCAGGAGAAAUAGUAUUAUUUUUGGGCCUUCUAUCAUGAGAGUUAGCUGUUAGUUGGAACCUGCCCAAUUUUGGUCCGUGAAUGAUGUUGGUUGGUGAUCUGUUACUGACAAUUGUAGUUCUACGAUUUUGGGACUACGGUGCUACUGUGCCCUUCCUCGGAGGAACCGUUCUGGUUUAUGUUCUGGAUUUCUGUUAA